GUUUCGAUCUCCUCUCGCAAAUUCGAAAUUAAAAUGGCUAAAAUCGUCAAUAAUGGAGGCAAAGGUAAGCGGAAGAGGACCACGAAGAAGGAAACUGAGAAGAAAGCCCGAGCAACCAAAACAAAGGAAGAGCCUGAGUACUUUGAAGGGAAACGUAAUCUGGAAGAUUUGUGGAAGGCUGCAUUUCCAGUGGGAACUGAGUGGCACAAUUUAGAUGCAGUUUAUGAUGAAUUUAAUUGGGAUUUCAAAAGUCUUGAAGAAGCAUUUGAGGAAGGAGGAAUGCUCUAUGGGAAGAAAGUCUUUGUUUUUGGCACUGCAGAACCUGACUUCUUGGAAGAUGUAAACAAGACUGUCUAUGUCCCAACAGUUGUUGUGAUUGAAUCACCUUUUCCUCCUUCUGAGAAGCUAGGAAUAAAAGCGGUUCAGAGAGUAGAGGAGGAAAUCGUUCCAAUGAAGCUGAUGAAAAUGGACUGGGUUCCUUACAUUCCCUUUGAAAAUAGAGACAGACAAGUUGAUAGGGUGAACUUUCAAAUUUUUUGCUUGGGCUGUACCCAGAGGAGAGCUGCUCUCAGACAUAUGAAGGAAGAUCGUGUUAAAAUGUUUGAGUAUUGCCUUCCUUAUUUCUAUAACCCAUUGAAGGAAGAUGAACUUGAACAGAGUACUGAGGUCGACAUAUUGUUCCCCUCUGAACCGCCGGUUGUAUGUGAAUUUGACUGGAAGUUUCACAGACUUCAGGAAUUUGUCGAUGAUCUGAUUGAAGAUGAAGCAUUACCUGCUGAACAAAAGGAUGAAUUCAAAGAAUUCGUCAAAGAGCAAGUUCGAGCAGCGAAGAAAGCAAGCAAAGAGGCCAAAGUUGCUCGAGAGAAAGCAAUAGAAGAAAUGAGCGAAGAUACUAAGGAAGCCUUUGAAAACAUGAAGUUCUACAAAUUCUACCCUCGGCAUUCACCAGACGUCCCUAGGUUCAAGACGUCGUCAUACAUUAACCGAUACUACGGGAAAGCUCAUCAAGUCCUUUGAUAUGGAAUCGUCAGAACUAAGAAUAGCUAUAAUGCUUUUAUAGUUAAAAGUCUGUAAACUUUUUAGUAAUGAAUUUGUGUUCUCCUC